CAAAGUUUUUGUUACUGAUCUUGAUCUUUUAUUCCUUCUGUUAUUCUUCUGUUGUUUCUUUUGAUAACAUGGAUGGUAAGAAAUUGGAGUACAAAGGAGAGGAGGCCUUGAAGGAGAUUGAGAAGCUAACAGCAAAAGCUGAUGAAGUUCAGGAAGACAUUUUGAAAGAAAUCUUACAGCGAAAUGGAGAAACUGAGUACUUGAAUAAGCAUAUGAAAGGAUCAAAAGCUGUUUUGGAGUUUAAACAUCUCGUCCCAGUUAUUACCUACAAGUAUAUCUAUCCCUAUAUCCAUAGAAUUGCAAAUGGGGAGGACUCUUCUCUUAUUACCGGUCAUCCAAUAACUGAAAUGUUAUGCAGCUCAGGGACUUCUGGUGGAGAGCCUAAGUUGAUGCCAUCAAUAGCAGAAGAUCUUGACCGUCGAACCUUCAUAUAUAAUCUCAUCAUGCCAAUCAUGAACCAGUACAUUAGUGGACUUGAUGAGGGCAAGGCCAUGUUCCUCUACUUCAUCAAGACUGAAACUUCAACGCCUUGUGGCUUACCAGCCCGGACUGUGCUCACCAGCUACUACAAGAGCAAGCACUUCAAGUGCCGGACUCGGGAUCCAUUCAAUGAUUUUACCAGCCCAGAUCAAGCCAUCUUAUGCCCAGACAGCAACCAGAGCAUGUAUUGCCAGUUGCUUUCAGGUCUACUCCACCGCCAUCAGGUCAUGCGGCUCGGAGCUGUGUUUGCUACUGCUUUUCUUCGAGCCAUAUCUUUUCUUGAGCGCAAAUGGGUUCAGCUCUGCAGUGACAUCCGCACUGGGCAACUAGAUCUGUCGAUUACGGAUCCUGGAUGCCGCUCAUCAAUGUUGUCCUCACUGUCAUCCCCUAAUCCCAAUCUUGCCAAUGAGAUUGAGGAUAUAUGUAGUUCUCCAUCAUGGAACGGAAUUUUGUGCCGCCUUUGGCCUAGGGCCAAGUACAUUGAGGCUGUUGUCACAGGCUCGAUGGCACAGUAUAUCCCAGCCUUGGAGUAUUACAGUGGAGGAAAGCUGCCGUUGGUCUGUCCCAUGUAUGCUUCCUCGGAGUGUUACUUUGGUGUCAACUUGAAACCCAUGUCUGACCCUUCUGAUGUCUCCUUCACCCUCAUGCCAAACAUGGCUUACUUUGAGUUUUUGCCCUUGGGAGAGAAUGGAACUCUUUCAAUGGACACAGAUGAAGAGGAGGAGGUGGAUAAUGGCAUGCUUGUGGAUCUUGUGAACGUCAAGCUUGGGAAUUAUUAUGAACUAGUUAUCACUACCUUUUCUGGACUAAAUCGGUAUCGUAUUGGAGAUGUGCUUCAAGUGACUGGGUUUCACAACCAAGCUCCACAGUUCCGAUUCAUCUGCAGGAGAAAUGUGGUUCUGAGCAUUGACACUGACAAAACGAAUGAGGAAGAUCUUCACAGAAGCAUCUCAACAGCCAAAAGGUUAUUAGAACCCUACAAUGCUCUGCUCGUGGAGUACACAAGCUAUGCUGACACAUCAUCUAUGCCAGGACAUUACGUACUCUUCUGGGAAAUUCAAAUGGUGGAACCAGGACCCAUCCCAAUUGAAGCCAACCUACUUCAAGAGUGCUGCAUCACUGUAGAGGAAGAGCUGGAUUACAUAUACAGGCGAUGUCGGAGCUAUGAUAAGUCAGUGGGGCCGCUAGAGAUACGUAUUGUUGAGACAAGAACCUUUGAGGCACUGAUGGAUUUGUUGAUCAGCCAAGGGGGUUCAAUCAAUCAGUACAAGACACCAAGGUGCAUUAACUCUAAUGCUGCACUUAACCUGCUUAAUUCUCAUGUCACUGCUUCAUUCUUUAGUCCCCGUGAUCCCAAAUGGACUCCUUGAAUCUCUAGUGUGGUGUAUUCGGUAAUCGCUGAUCCCAAUUCUAAGUAGAAACUGGAGCUUGUGGGUGUUAAAUGUAUGAUCGGAGUUGUCAAUUAAAAGUUUCUAGUACUUGUAAUGGGUAAUUAGGUGAGCAUCAUUCAUGUACUGUGUUUCAAUGUUCAACUUUCUCCAAAAGUUUAUUACUUUAUUGUCUUUGUGCUGUCAGCGUUAUGUUUGG